AGUUGCGUAAACUGCCCCGUCAGUUCCAUGAUGGCUGAAGAUCCAGGAGGUACUUAUUUCAACCUGUCCUUCGUUUUACGUUUUUACUCGUGUCUGCUCGUCUUUGAGACAUGGCAGGAGCCGCAGCCACGAUAAGCGGUCACAGAACACCGCCGCCACCAUGCCCAAGAAAGGGAACCGAAAACGGCUGAAGUUCCGGGCCGAGGACGUGUGCUCGGAGUCAGUUACUGUGGCUGACUAUGCCGAUUCAGACCCAGCCAUUGUGAAGUCUGGCAGGGUGAAAAAAGCGGUGGCCAAUGCUAUCGAAAAAGAAGUGAAAUUGUUGCGCGGACUGGAGGCCUCCCACGGCCCGGUGCAGGACGUGCUGUCGUCCGUGGCGAGUGUCAGCGGGGCGAAUUGCGACAGCAGCGACGAGCCGGACCCCGAGGACUGCGUCAAGGGGUCGCGCAAAAAGAAGAACAAGAGACGUAAAGAAAAUGGCGAUUGCUGUGAUGGAGAGGAGUAUCCCGUGGAUAUCUGGCUGGUCCUGGCCUCUUACAUUCGCCCGGAAGACAUCUGCACAUUCGCUCUGAUCUGCAAGAAUGCCUGGACUGUCACCUGCACUGCUGCAUUCUGGACCAGGCUGUACCGCAGGUACUACAGCCUGGAUGCGGACCUGCCCCUCCGCCUGCAGCCCGACUGCAUGGGGAAGAUGCGCUGCCUCCGCGCCUGCGUGAUCCGCUCCCUCUUCCACCUGUACGAGCCCUUCAGCGCCCGCAUCUCCAAAACCCCCAUGCUCCCCGAGGCCACGCCCACCUGCCUCCUCAACUCAAAGUGUUUACUCUUCUGGGUCAACAAGAUUGUUGGAAGUCGACCAAGUAGUCCAAUGUGGGAGUUCAACUUCAAGUUUCUGAAGCAGGUAUGGGUUUGGGCUUGGGGUUCAGGGUUUGGGGUUCGGGGCUCAGGGUUCAGGCGCCUGUUCUUCCAGCCCCAGCUGAAACGGCAGCACAGGCUCCAGCUGCAGCAGACGGUGCACAUCAACCGACCUGCUGAGCUGCUGCAGGUCACACCCUCACUAUCUUCACCUGUGGGAGGCAUGACCCUGAGCCGGUUCACCAUCAGCGUGAGUACGGACAUGCGGCACCACCGGGUGGGGCUGGCGUUCCAGGACUCCCCCGUCCUGAGGGGGCGGAGCUUGCGGGGGGAUCCGGGGGUGCAGGUGGUGCUGGACCCCGUCCACAGCGUGCGUCUGAUAGACUGGUGGCACCCCCAGUACCCCACUUCUGCCAAAACCUAGGCCCCCUCCAUCUCCACAUUAUCCCCGGCCCCCGGCCCCCACCCCCGCCCCCGCCCCCGGCCCGCAGCGCGGGCUCCCCAGGCGUGGCGGGACGUGCGCCACCGUCGCCGAUGUUUACUGCUGAGCGGCGCUUUGUGUGGGCGUGUGCUGCCCGCCGUGCCGCGCCUGAUCUGCCCCUCUGUGGGGGUGACUCGGCCACGCCCAUGUGUGUGUGUGUGUGUGUGUGUGUGCGUGGGUGUGUGUGCGCGCGCGCGCAUGUCUCUCUCUCCACUCACACGCCUGUGUGUCACCUUCCCCGGUGUCUCUCUCUCUCUCUCCCUCUCCCCACAGUGGAAGUGUGUUAGCUCACUUAAACAUCUUGAAAACGUGCUCUUUCUUUUUCUGUCAAAUUCAUAUUGAAUUGAACGUGUCAGUGUGGGGGGAAGGGGUGCAGGAAUGACUGAAUUGCAUAGGGAAUGAUGAAGGUUAACUGCGGGACCAAUUUAAUUUAGAUUUUGCCGUUACCUGGCUGGGCUUAGUUAUUUUGUUUUGGAUAUUAGUGGAGAUAUGUCUUUAUUCCUGUGGUCGCACUUUGUUGCAGAAGUGCCCAUAUUGAGCCCCUGGUUUACCAUGGCAACCGUUGUGGUGGCAACCGUUCGUCCCUCCACAUGGCGGGGCAGUUUGAUGGGCAUUAUACGUCUGUGUUGUGUGUGAAAACGCUACGCAGUUCUUGGCUAGCGUCGUCCAGAUCUAAUCAAAUUAUAAAUGUAAACAAAGCAUCCCUGUUUGUUCCCAUAUCAAUCGCGCAUGAUACAGCCUCGUCAUUAUCGACAGGAAUAAUACAGUUUUGAAGAAAAGAUUUCUCAUUUUCUUUUUUUGGUUUGUGAGAUUUUGAGUUUCUGUGUUCUUUGUGUGUUUUAUGUGGCCCCAUAAAUACUUCCUUUGAAAGGCAGCAUGUUUUAAAUAAUAAAAGGGUCAAAUAAGGAGUGUUUCAAAUAAACACCCAGACCUGAUAAAUGCCCGUCGGCACUAAACUGAAGCAAAGGCCCAUGGGAAGUCUAUCAGCGAUAGACUUAUGUUAUGUUGUUUGUGUACUGAUGUGGAUCUCCUGAAAUCAAAUGUCUUGUGCACUGAAAUGUCAAAUAUAGUUGGAAAUGUCUUAAUGGUCCAUAACCUUCACUGCUUGAUGUUAUGGAUAGUUUAAAGUGUACCAAAGUUAUGUUUAAAACACUAUACUCCUGAUUAAAGAGUAUUCCCCACUCUGAA